GGCAUCGUGGAUGAUUACGAGAAAAUCCGGACGUACACAGUAGCUGUGGUAGGUGUCGGAGGAGUGGGCAGUGUGACAGCUGAAAUGCUCACAAGAUGUGGCAUUGCUGCUUCUCUUUGAUUAUGAUAAAGUGGAACUGGCCAACAUGAACCGGCUGUUUUUCCAGCCUCACCAGGCAGGCCUCAGUAAAGUGGAAGCUGCAGAACACACACUCAGGGACAUCAACCCAGAUGUGUCAUUUGAGAUCCACAACUACAACAUCACCACCAUGGACAACUUCACACAUUUCAUGGAGCGCAUCAGUCAUGGCGGCCUGGAAGAAGGAAAGCCAGUGGACUUGGUCCUGAGUUGUGUGGACAACUUUGAAGCCAGGAUGGCUAUCAAUACAGCCUGUAAUGAGCUUGGUCAGAUCUGGAUGGAGUCCGGCGUGAGUGAGAACGCUGUGUCGGGACACAUUCAGCUCAUCAUACCCGGGGAGACGGCAUGCUUCGCUUGCGCUCCUCCCCUGGUGGUGGCCGCUAAGAUCGAUGAAAAGACCUUGAAGCGGGAGGGAGUGUGUGCUGCCAGUUUACCAACUACAAUGGGUGUGGUUGCAGGCAUCCUGGUGCAAAAUGUCCUUAAGUACCUUCUAAAGUUUGGUACAGUCAGUUACUAUCUCGGCUACAAUGCCAUGCAGGACUUCUUCCCAACCAUGGCCAUGAAAGCCAACCCCCAGUGCGAUGAUCGUCACUGCCGGAGACAACAGGAGGAGUACAGGAAAAAGGAGGCAGAGCGGCCAAAGGACGAAGUGCUGGUGGUGGAAGAGGAGAUUGUACACGAGGACAACGACUGGGGAAUUGAGCUGGUAUCUGAGGUAACUGAUGAGGAGCUGAUGGCUGCCUCCGGCCCCGUCCCCGACCUCCCAGAGGGCAUCACUGUGGCCUACACCAUUCCAGACAAGAACCAGGAAACGGCAGACGGAGAAUCCGUGGGGGAAACAGAACAGAGUCUGGAGGAGUUGAUGUCACAGAUGAAGACCAUGUAGGCAGGACCUAAAUGAUGCUCGUUCGCCUUUCAAGUAGCUGUGCAUCUUGCGUCACUCAUCAACAAAUGCAUCACCAUCUCGCUGAAGUGAGCAAACCAUCUUUCCUAGUGCCCCUUCGCUAAAGCAAGCAUAACUGAAAAGACUCCACAGCACCUGGGGGUAAUGAAGCAAGUUCUAACCUACUAAUGCCAGCCCAGAGUGACUACUCCUGAAAGCCGGAUGCAGGGAAGGAUGCGUGAAAUGUGUUGCCAAUGGGAUGAGCUUAGAAGUGAUAUCAUGUGUAAUGGUAUUUUCAGUAGAACAUGAUCUGUACCUUUAAACUCACUAAUUACAGGAAGUGAUUUGGUUACAUUAGAUGUAAAAUGUCGCCCACUAAUGUCGUGGGAAGUUGUGUAGCACUUGGAUUUGGCAAAACAAAAAAUCAAAUAUCCAUGGUCCGUUUGUGUAUUACAGUCUUCUGCGGGGUUUUAAAUGGCGGAUGAAGCUCCAGACUUUGCAUGUGUCAUGUGUCUGUUCCAUCAGCUUUGCAAAACUACUGCCUCUACUAUAACAGUACUGACCUUGCUCCCUUUACUUCAAUAAAAGUAUUUAUUAGAUUCAGUACAUUCUUCGUGACACUGAAAUACAAAUUUUUUUUUUUAAAUACAAUUCUUUAUAGUUAAUUACACGGUAAAACAAAUGCACUUAACAUUGUGACACAGCAUGUUUGAGUCAAGAGCGAGAUUUCAUUUGUGUCCCAUUUGGCUUCGUGUACAUUCUGGUGAGAGGGAAAUGUUUUUGUUGUACUUUAACAAGCAAAAUGAUUUGGCACCAUCCUGUUUCUGAAAAAUCCUGUACAUUCCCUUUUUAACAAACGAGUAAGCACAUUUGCACUGCAUAUAUACCGUUUAUAAAGUCCGUACCAUUGUGGCGUUUUUUCCCCCACAGACAUUGUUUUGACCUGUUUUGUAAAAUAAUGCUUGAAAUGACGUAGUAAACAUUUUCAUGAAGCCAUAUUUUAUGUACACAUGGUUUCGAAAUACAUCCGUUCCUAUAUAUCGCUUUCAUUUUGAAUAUCUGGCACAGAAACUUGGCAUCAGAAGUGCAUAAAGCCCGUCAGUCUCUUAAAUUGAUAUUCUAAAUGGUUAAACAGGAUAUGGUGGAAAUAAACACCAGCAGAACCGAUUUUCUGCAGCAACGAUGGGGAUGUAAUUUUGGGAAAGCGUAUCGAUGGAGGACAAGGUCGAUACAAACCUACUGUGUGACUUUUACACCCAUUUGUAAAACAGUUCAGCGACCACGUCUGGUUAUGGAGGCUGCUUUGGCAUGUAGUCCCAGGGACAGAGCCGUCACUUGUACCUUGUUGGUGAGUAAUGGUAGAUGGAUGAACUGACUAGUUUUGAGUUAUUAACUGGAAACAGUCGAACCCUCUCAACUGGAGUGAUUUAAUGUCGGGAAAUGGGAACCGUAACAGUACAUGGCUACCAACGUCUGAACACUUCUCAUUUCCAAUUCAGGGUGAUGGGAGACUUCUCCCAGCAGGCACUGGGCAUAAGGCAGGGAGACGGUCUGGACAGGUCACUAGACCAUCACAUAGCCAAGGCACAGUUACUCACACCUACGCUUGAUGUGGAUUCUUCAGGUAACCUUACCCGCAUGCGUUUGGAUGCCGGGAGGAAACCCGUUUGAACACGAGAACAUGCAAACUCCACAUAGGAGGGCUGGAGUUAACAAAUACCGUAAUGACCCGAGUAUAAGACGACCCUGAUUAUAAGACGACCCCCCCCCCCAGACUAAUUUUUGAAAAAAUACUUUUUGAAGACCAAAUCUGUUCUUAUAAAGAAAAUCAUUUGAAAAUAAUAAAAACACACUGAACAGAACAAGGUAGGCUGUUGUUUUUAACAUUUUAAAUAAAAUUGUUGCAUUUAAAUUAAAAUGUGAUCACAUUUGUAAAUGAAUGACAAAAAAUAAACUGUAGUCUGUCGGUAUAUCUAAUCCCAAUCAGGCCAUCCAGCUCGGUGAAAAAACAACCGCGUAGCCUGUCAAAAGUUGUGUAACUGCCCAAACCAACCAUCGAAAAAAAAACAGGCCCGCUUCAGUCACGAGGGGAAGUCGUUUUACAGAUAUCUGGCACCAUCUGCUGUUGUGACUAUACUGACAUUUAAAAAGCUCAGACCCCCGAUUAUAAGAUGACCCCACUUUUUCAGACGUAUUUCCAGGAAGAAGAAAAAAAAGUCUUAUAUUCCGACCAAUACGGUAAUAAUAAACUAUUUGUAUAGCACGUUCCGAAAGAGAGUUACAAAGUGCUUCACAGAACAGGAUAAGAAAGUUCAAAAUAACACAAAAAAACAAUGUAAGAGAAUAAAAUAAAAAGCACUGACAAACACCAUAAAACCACAGCAAAGGGAAGAGAGCAAUUUGUUAAUCGAAACAAUCACAAAAAAAAUAAAAAUAAAGCUAUUAUGAAAAAGCUUUUAUGUAAAAGUGAAUUUUGAGAAGAGACUUAACAGAUAUCCCCGAAUAGGGGCAUCCAGGAGGCGUGGCAGUCUAUUCUGUUGCCUACCAACGCGGGGAUCGCCAGUUUGAAUCCCCGUGUCACCUCCGGCUUGGUCAGGCAUCCCUACAGACACACAAUGGCCAUGUCUGUGGGUGGGAAGCCGGAUGUGGGUAUGUGUCCUGGUCGCUGCACUAGCGCCUCCCCAGUUGGGGGAACUGGAGGGGAAUAGCAUGAUCCACCCACGUGCUACGUCUCCCUGGCAAAACUCACUGUCAGGUGAAAAGAAGCAGCGGGCAACUCCACGUGUAUCGGAGGAGGCAUGUGGUAGUCUGCAGCCCUCCCCAGAUCGGCAGAGGGGGUGGAACAGUGACCAGAGCAGCUCGGAAGAGUGGGGUAAUUGGCCAAGUACAAUUGGGGGGGGGGGGUGAUCUCAAAAAAAACAAAAAAAGAUAUCAUCGAUUCUCAGGCAGGGAACUCCACAACUGAAGGGCCCAGAUAGCAAAAGCCCAAUCACCUCUGGUGUUAAAGUGGUGGGUAACUGAGCUCAAAUCUGUGUUUUGGGAUACCCAUACCCCAGGAAAACAUAUCAGUAACCACCCAGCCAAUUCUGUAUGAUUAAAAGGAAGACGGCGACGUCACCAAGGAAGCCGGCCAAAAAAAAAAAAUCAAGAAAGGAAAACGGGAAAAAUACCCAAAAACAGUCUAACUCCACAAAUCAGUUCUAUACAUGGUUCAACACAUUUUAACACGUCAACAUCUCCCACAUUUAUAAAGUAUUUUGAAGCACAUCUGUCAAUUUGGUUACCCUGCUCUUUAAGGUGUGUUUUAGGAACAACCAGGAGACCCCUACCCAAGGAUCUCAGGCUCAAAGGGGACUAACAGGUCUGAAAUGUAACUCGGAGCCUGACCUUGUAAAGCUUUAAAAGUUAUCAGUAAAAUAUUAAAAUCAACUCUAAAAACUACAGGCAACCAGUGAAGAGAGGCAAGGAUGGGUGUAAGUAAUAUGGUAUCGUCCCCUAGAGUUAUUUAAAGGUCUAGCAAUAAGGACCGUCUUGCUGUGAAGUACCAGUGGGGACCACUAUGACCACCAUGCCACUUCAAAUAGUUCUGAUGGUGCUUAUUUUAACCACAUCCUGUGCUACACAGAGACUGGGAGGAAACGUUCAAAGUUCGGGAUGAAAAAAUAUAAAACUCAACCUGAGUUACAGGCCCUCAAAAGGGCUGGCUUGACUACGGUUCACAUUCUUACAUGAAUACUAUCAAAACGUCAAUAAAUACUUUUUGGCAUAUACAUUGACUUCACAGACUAAUACUGUACUUUUCAUAAUUAUGGAAUAAUAGCCCCAUAACAGGGAGACAAAAGGCAGUGUGAUAAUUUGGGAAUGUUAGUUGGAGUAUUCAAACAGACCCUUAGUCUCUUUGGUGUUGAGCGGGGA